UGAAUGAUUAGAUAAAUAUAAGACACCCAAACCGAAAAAAAAAAGUUUGAUUAUUAUAUGCUUCUGAAAGCAUCCUGAGAACGCUACUAUUAUAGCCAUAUUAAGUCAGUAACGUUGGAAUGUACCUGAGAGUCUGAAUUGAUAAUCGCACUGCUGUCGGUUUCAGGUAAUGAAACGUUCGAUCCCCAGAACUGUCGAUUAAUUAACAUCUAGCGUGGCUGAAGAAGACGAACCUGGUCAGGUUCGAUCUGAACGCUGGUGUGAAGAAGUGAUAAAAACGCCACAGUAGCGAAAUGUCUGCGACGGAAUCGAACGAGGUAAAUAUCAACAAAGAAGACCAGGCGCAGAUUAAUCAGUUCGCUAGAUUUAAUCAACGCCUACAGGAGCUUGAAAAUAUUGUGGCGACCAAAACGGAUCAGAUACAAAAGCUGCAAGACGCCGAGGAGGAGCUCAUGCUUGGUGAAGACACCGAUGAAGUUCCAUACCUGUUUGGAGAUGUUUUCAUAUCGCUUACUUCCGAUGAUGUUCAGGCUCGACUGGAAUCAGACAAAGAAAGUCUAGGAAAGGAGCUGGAGACCUUUAAGGAACAGGUGUCGGAAAUCAAGAGCAAGAUGGCUGAGCUGAAAGCAGCACUUUACGGCAAGUUUGGCUCGAAUAUCAAUCUCGAGGGAUAAAACUCUGCCCGUGGCACCAUUGGAUGCAUCGUCGGCGGGUUUACAACAAUAAAUUAUAAUUUACCAUUUA